AUGAUGCGCCGGUUUCGGGCCUCGUCUGUAGGGAGAAACCUUUACAAUAUCUGGCUAUUUGUCUUCGCCCUCAUUGUCUUUCUAAUAUUCGUCUCGACUUUUCUUGUGCAAGGAGGGACCAUUGACAUGCCUGACUGGACCAAAGAUCUUCGAAAGUACGAUGGCGACGACUGGGAUCGAUAUGCUUCCAUAUUGAUCGUAGCUGUCUGCUUUUUCUUCACAUUGACUAUGAUUACGGGUGUGGCUAUUCUACGAUCUGGCAGAUAUUAG